AUGGAUCCUGAAAAUCAGCUAAAAAAUCAUAAGCUCAAGGUGGGAGCUACACCGCUGAUGAAAGUAGCCUUAUACGGUAACUUGGAGAUGGUCAAGAUCCAAGUCGAAAAGGGCGCCGAUGCCGAUAUUGGAGAGUUAACCAAAAAAUACCGCGCCUCCGUGAUACACUUCGCAGCCGCGAAUAAGAAGCACGGAAUCGAGAUUAUUAAGUAUUUCGCGUCUCUUGGCUGCAACUUAAAUCAAGAAGAUUGUCAAGGAGAAGUGGCCCUGGACUACGCCAUCAGAGAAGAAGCUUUCACGGUCGCCAAAGAAAUCUACCUUCUGAUGCAUUCGCCUCCCAAAAAUAAUCUAUUGCACUAUUGUAUAAUGCGAAACAAUUUGGACGCCGCCAAAAAGGUGCACAAUCGAUACAAGAAACUGGUCAACGAGCUAACAUCUGAUGGAGGUCAAACAAUCCACUUGGCAGCAGAGUAUGCUGAUCAACAAAUGUGCGAAUGGCUCAUUGACGAUUUGGGCGUUGACUUUAGUUCUCUAAAUGUUCAUUUGAAAGUUAAUGUUAUGUACUAUGUCUGCUUCAACCUCGAAUUCGGGGAUGAUCUCGUUAAGUUUUUCAUCGAGAAAGGGUUGAAUGUAGAUGAUGCUGGAGAUGACUUGAGCAGGCCAAUUCACCAAGCCAUCGUCGAGAAAAAUGUCGAUGUUAUCAAUGCUUUAAUUGACUGCAAUGCAGAUCUGAAAUACAGGUAUAACGGUCGGAAUUUGGCAUUUCUUUGCAUGGAUUCCAACAGUUUACCGGUCGUCAAGUUGUUUUACAAGAAACAACCACAUAUGUUCAAAGAGACGUUUCACGGCGGGAUAACCAUUGCUCACUGGGCAUCAAGACGCGUGAAUCUCGAGGUUUUUCAGUGGCUAGUUGAAGAGGCAAAAGUCAACACUGCAAAGGCUGAUGAAAAGGGACAAACUGUUCUGCACCACGCCGCAGAGAAUGAGAAAUUCGGAAAAUCUCUCAUCGGUUAUAUUAUUUCAAAGAUGGGAAUCGAGGUGAACGUAAUCUGCAAGAGAGGUUGGACACCGCUGAUGGUUGCUCUGGAUCGCAAACACACCAACAUUGCGGAAGAGUUGUUCAAACACGGAGCUCUUUCCAAAAAGAUCUUGACCCAAACUUGUGAAGAGAACCAUUUGUUCGCGUGUGUAAGACAUAAUUAUUUAGAGCCUGUCAGGUAUUUGCAUAAUCAAGAUCCAACUCUUAUACACCAAGAACAAAAACACGGAAUCAGCAUUUUACACGUUGCAGCUAAUUUCGCAAAAUCUUCCGCCUGUAUCUGGCUUAUCAAAGGAAAGCAUGUUAACGCUAAAGGACUGAACCAAUUCGACAAAUCGAAUGCCCUUCAUUUUGCAGCUUUGAACUUGCAGUAUGGAGGGGAAGUCAUCGUCUAUCUCCAAGAUUUUCACCGUCUGGAUGUCAGUCUGAAAAAUCUUUUCGGAGAAACACCAGUUCUCCUUGCUGUCAAAGCAGGAAAUGUCCAAGCCGUCGAGCAGUUGUGCAACUUCGAUGCCGACUUGACUGUGGAAUAUAAUGGAGUCAAUCUACUACACAUGAGUAUCGUUGUUGACUCGCUAGAAGUCGCCAAGGUGUUGCACAAACACAAUUUCAAUCUGAUCAACGAAAAAUUCGGAGCUGAUGGGAAGAACGCGCUUCACGUUGCUUCAGAGUUGGGAAAUGAUCGAUUUUGCAAGUGGCUCGACGAGGAAGGCGUCAACGUGAAGGCAAAGACAAAAAAGGGAAAAUCAGCCACCGACCUUGUUCCUUGGUUCAACCUGCACCUUCUGAAGUACCUCAAAAAUAUACCCAAACUACGCAGUAAUUUGAAGUAA